GCGUCAUCAAAAGGGCGUGGCUCAGGUAGAAAGGGAAGGGCUGCAACAACGCAGGUAAUGCGGAAGUGAAGAAAAAAACACGUUACAAACUUCAAGAAAACGUCCAAUGAAGAUUUUUACACAGCCGAACGGACAAUAACAACGAUCUCACCAUGGACCUGUGUGACAGACUGUCUCACUGUAAAAUAGCUCUGGCCUUCGCCGUGUUGAUGGACCUGCUGGGAGGAACCGCUCUGCUGGUCGGAGUCUUCGCCGACCUGCGCAUCAAAGGAAAUGACUUUGGAGAUUUACUGGUCUACACUGGAGCUCUGUUCGUGGUCGCGUCUCUGGCUGGAUGGGUGCUGUGGUACAGCGGGAACAUCGAAGACAUGUCCUCCAAGAGGGAGCUUGGACACAUCAGCAGCGCCGUCGACCGACUCGCCCGCACCCUCAGCCGCAAGAUCCGAACCCACAGGAACCACCCCUGAGCCGCCCGGGUCCAGGACGCCAGCGGUCCUUUUCAUUUCAAAUUAGUCAGUGUUAAUAGUUUACAAGCUCGUCCAACAUUUUAGCUCCAACAUUUCAGUAUUUCUAUUUUUAUUUUAAGUGUUUCUGACUGUUACAUAGCAAAGCAUGACACUCUGGUUGCAUUUCAAUAAAAACCUUUUUAGAAACGUC